AUGCUUCCGGGGUUCCUCUUGUCCUCGUACCAGCAUUACAAGCAUGACACUGCCAUCGUCACCUCUUGGCUUGUCAACACGGCCAAAGAAAAUGGCUACGACGCUUCGCUAGCGGGAACCGCUGUGGCGAAGCCGUCUAGGCUCAAGGGCAAGGCCCGCAAGCUUAUGAAGGAAGAGUUGGCGAGAUCUGGGAAGCACACUGGCGACGGUGUCAAGAAAGCAACAGGGCACAAGCAUACCUACAAAUAUGUGCUCCGAACAAUCGACUUUGUUCCUCUUGCACAGUUCAUCGCUGCCGUCACGAAGCCGAAGCCGGUGGAAAUGCCCCUGACGAUGGCUUCGACCAUCAAUCGCGUCAUCCGUGUGCGAAAGUCAUUCGCCAUGAUUCUAAAAAAAGAAAAUAUUGAGACGGAUGAAGAGUCAGACUUGAAGCACUCUCACUUUGUCAAUGUACUUCAGCGAGUCCGCGAUGUACUCCAGCCUCUGGGCAAUUUUUCAGGCUCAUCUGGGGCACAGGGGGGGAACACACAGGGGUUGCCCGGUAUUUUCACGGCUCUGCAAGCCUACAACACGCCCGAAGGGUUCCCGGACAUAUCAGAAGACAGAAAUCGUAAUCCGGAUCAUGAGCCAGAGUUUGAGAACUCAAUCGAUGAGGCAUACCUUGCCUUCUGCGCCUUGUUUCAAGACGCUCAUACCCUCCGAUCGUGCAUCUUCAAACUCUGGAACGGGUACCAGGAUGGUGAUCUCCACCUCGCUCCGGUCGCUAUGGCGACUAACACGGCCAUCCAUCUGCUUCGUCAGAUGGAGGAGGACAUGUCGGAGCUGGUCAACAGGCACGGUGGCUUUGGCUACUUUCUUGAAAGCUAUUACAUGACCGCCUGCGUGGGGAUGGGCGAAAAUACCGAGAGAAGACAGCAGCGCGAUGAUGACAUCAACACAGACACAUACGAUUUUGCAGACUACUUCAUGGUCAUCGUCUGGAAAUGCCUCUCUGCAUUUAGCUGCUCCAACCAGACCGAACAGUUUCGAGUCUACAACGGGGACUUUGGCCAUUUCGAUCUGACCAAGGACAGAGACGAGCUGUCCAAUGCCCAGAAAUAUAAGCAAGACAAGGCCGCUCUCAUGGAGAUGCUCGGCGACAUCACGGUGGCCAUGACGUUCAAAAGCCCGUGCGAAGACGCCCUCAUCCGCGGCGUGCGCCAUAUUCUCAAGUACGACACUAUCCCGUUCUGGGUCAUCUUUGCUGCCCAAGUGUAUCUCGAUACACUUCACACUUUGCAGGGCCCAGACGGCCAAUACUUGCACCCCAUCGAGGACAUGCAGGCCAAGGCCCAAGACGUCUCGGAGUCGAUGCGUGCCGCGAUGAAAUACCAUCGCGAGAAAAGUAUUCGUGCUAAGACUUGGAGGGGUUCCAAUGAUGCCUCUCUUAAGCGCAUCAUUGAUUUCUGCGACUUCUGGGCUGCUGAUCCUGUCGGGGCCCUCAAACAACGUCAUGGGUACAGCUACACCCCCAAUUUCUUCUUCCAUCAUCACCCUCUGUACUGUGGCCUAUGGAUCCACCAUGUCGUCAGUGCCUUUCACGAAGAAGGAAUCGCCCUCACACAGGCCUGGGGUGGAACAGAGCACAUGGGACAGCUUUACCACGCCAUGAAGCGAAACGGUGAUCUUGAGGCGAACAGCUGGGCUGACAUGGAGGUCCUCAUGCGGAUCCAAGUCAUGGAUAAACUCUUUGUGGAUGGCUUCCCCGAGACCUUUGAAGAGGAUUUCAUGAAUUUCUGUCAGUGCUUGGGAUACAAGACGGACGACUGGGUGCCACCCAGCCGAAAGAAGAGGAGCCGAGGCGUCAUCUCUUCUAAAGUUCCUCGGGUGUUCAAAAAGCAGGCGCCCGUGUCUAUGCGCUUCAACCAGCUGCUCGGGCGCAGCAUGGAUGGCAGCAUGACGACGAAGGAUAUCAUGCUGGUCCUCAGCGAGAGCCAGUGGACACAGAUCGAUGAGGAUGACGAGCUCAUCGUGGAGAGAGACUUUUCUUCGGGGGCGGGUGCAACGACCACUGAAGACGAGGACGGUGACGAAGCUGGGCCGAAGAGGAUUGCGCCCGCUGAACUUAUGUCCAAGUUGGUCACGGCUUUGCAGGCCGAGGCGCUCGAGAUGUCCUUUGACUACUUUUCCAUGCACGUCUCCUGCUGGACCAUGUUUGAGGCCAUCCAUGGUGCUCUGGAGGGCAAAAUGCGCCAGCUGUUCAAGAACACUUAUAUUAGCGACGUUAGCCGACUUCCCUCUGUCGUUGGCUACAUUUUCAUUGCGGCAUCGCAGAAGCAGACGUGGCCCGGAGAGGAGCCGCUCGGCCUCAUGCAAUUGGCAGCACCGCCCAUGAAGACGGUCAUUGACGAACAGGGUAGCAAAAUUCAUGACCAGCUGUACAAACACGGGAUGCUUUGUGAGUACGCAGAUGAGGAGAGCGAGGAUGAAGAUGAGGAUGAAGAUAGCGACAGCGAAGACAGCGAAGACAGCCAGGCAGGAUCGGAAGACGCUGAAGAGUGA